AUGGAAGAAAUACAAAAUCAACGCGAGGAAAAGUUAUGUCUUGAAUUAAUGAAUAGUUUGAAAACUAUUGUGCGCGCUCGUGGAGAGCAUAAACAAAGAAUACAACUGAAUUUAACUAUGACUGCAAUUAAAGUUUUCGAUGAAGGCACUAAAAUUGCAAUCAUUGAUCAUGAGGUUACACACAUAUCAUUUGUUGUUAUGGACCCAAAGGACCCACGUGCGUUCGGCUAUAUUUACAAUACAAAUGAUGGUCGCCAUCAAUUUUGGGCUAUAAAAACUGAACGACCAGCAGUAUUCACUGUCCUUGCAUUAAAAGAACUUUUCGAAAUAGUUUUUGCACGAUUAAAGUACCCGGAAAAUGCUUCAGAAGAAACAAAUGAAGUAACAUCUACGCCUGUUUCACCGGAACUAUCAACUGAGCAAAUGGAACAAUCAUCAACGUCAUCAAUUCCUAUCUCUACUCCACAGACAACUGUUACAUUUGUCAAACCUAUUAAACAGCCAAUACAAGCACCUAGAAUGCCUUCGUUUAAUAAUAUUUGGGGAGAACGCACUUCACAAAUGAUCUCUCAAGCAGCAUCAGCGCUGGAAACGCCCGUUUUUGAUGAUCCAUGGGGAGAACGUUCUUCAACAACAUCAGCAUCUAAAAGUCCCUUGUUUGAUAACGAUUGCGACAAAAGUCCUAAAAAAGUGGUUACACCAACUACAUUAGCUUCGACUAUGCCUGUUUUUGAUGACACUUGGGGCAAUGCUUCUUUGACAACGUCCACUCCAACAACAUCAACAUCACAAAUACAUGCUUUUGAUGAUCCCUGGGGAGGUAAUCCUUCAACAGCAAUAUCACAAGUAUCAUUGAUUUCAAGCAAACAUGUUCUUGAUGAUCCAUGGGGAGAUCGUUCUUCAACAAUAACAACAACAACUACGGUUCCUCUAAUAUUUAAAAAAUCUGACAUAUUAUCAACAUCUAAUAUGGAUCCUUGGAAUACAAAAAAUCCCUCGAUGUCUAAAAAUCAACCAGCUGCAAAUACAUAA